AUGCUCAUGGACAGGUUCGGACAAUACCUGCAGAAUAUCCUCGACCGGCAGGGCAAGACGCUUUCUUUGAAGCACGCUUUCAGCAUCAUCAUGCCCGUCUUGGAGUGCUUCCACAGCUACGAGUACAUCCACACCUAUGCCGAUAUGAAGGCGUCCUGGGUGCCACAUUGUUUUAGCAAAAACAACGAAAACAAGCUAUAUCGGCAGGACUUUGGAUUCAUCUAUCGGUGCACGGAAAACGGCAAGCGCAAGGAAUACGAGGACGAUUGGAGGAAGGCGCACGACGGCACCAUUGAGUUCACGGGUCCGCACAACCACACUGGUGCGCACUCGCGAAGGGGUGACGCGGACCUGCUGGGAUUCAACGUGUUCCAGUGGCUUUGUUGCCAACUGCUCUGGGAGGACGACCUCAAGAACCCCGAGUACGUCAGCCAACAAAAGAAGGCUAUUGUGGAAAACAUCCCCCUGCUGAUGAUCAGAUGCUUCCAACACGGGGACAUUCCAUGUGGAAUCACCGAGUUCCUGCAGCACGUGUAUUCCGUGAAGUUUAAGGACACGGAAGAUUACAAACGGCAGACAGGGAUCUUAGAGAAGAGCAUUCAGGCGGCGGGUUUCAAGCCCUCCAGCAGGCUAGUCUUCAUGCCACCGAGGACGCAGCGGCGGAAGUCGUUUUCGCCCAAGAAGUACGGGCUGCAAGAAAUCACCUUCGCCGAGGACAACAUGGGGGACAGCGGGAACGAGAUGGACGCGGAAGAGCUGCAGACAGCCAAGGUCGCCACGACGCCAGUCAAGACGCCACUCCGGAAAAGCGACCACUGGACGCCCGCGGUAACAGUGUCCGCCUCAUGCCUGGACGGCGUCGUCGAGCUGGAGCCCAAGAAAAACGUGGUGUCAUCACUUUCGGGUUGGACAAGCUCUGAAGACUUUCGAAAGAAUGGUUUCUGUGAGGACAGCAAAAGCCCGGGCUUGGACAACCCCAAUGCAACAGCGUAUGAGCAUCAGAUAGGGUUUCGAUAG